UUUGGAGCCCUACUCGUAGACGAAACGUCGUACGUGUAGUCACUACUCGCACCUUUCCUCUGCGUUCUAGUUCUCAAGCCUUCCAAACUUGCAAUUUUCAAGUAGCGCCUGGACCUGGGGUUCAAUCUCUUCGGUUCUUCAUUCCAACUCUUACCAAACACAUAUCGAUUGAGGUUUGAAAUCCCCCACGUUUCCUAUUGUUCUUAACUACGAUUCUUUCUUAACCUCAUCUUUCUCGGUAUUAUGUUUCUUAAUUCAUGUUCUUGUUCCCAAAUACUUAAUGUUGCGUUCUUAACAUUGGUUAUGUCAACAAUAGGUGAUAAUUUUUUGCUUACGGUGUGAUGGGUAGAAAGAAGCAAAGCCAUCCUCAUCAUUCCGUUAAGGCAGUAGUAGAAAGCCAUCAUAUUGCUGAAGCAGGGCCGCGGAAUCAGCAAGCUAUAAAUACCGAGCAUGUGCAGAACAAUGAAUUUAACAUAAUUGAUGAGCCAUAUUUCGUGGAACUUGAUCGGGCUUCUUGGGCUUCAGAUGAGCACCUUGAUAUUUCGGAAGUUGUUCUAAUAGAUUUGAAUUUGAGAGAAGGUUUUUCUGGUUGUGAAGUGAAUGAUGAUUUUUUACUGGAUUCCAAGUAUUCCUUAAGGUUUAGAUUGUGCAACAUUAAUGAAUUUGUAGGUCGUAUUAAACUAGGUCAUUGGCCUGUGUUAUCCUCUAGUGAUGUAUCUUUAGAAUUCAUAGAAAUAUGCACAAGAAAGGAUAAAAUGACACACUCAGUGAUUUUGUCGGGUAGUUUUGAUGGACCAGAAGAGGGUAUUUCUGCUCUUGUUCACUUGGCAAGUUUGAAGUUUAUGACACUGCGGCCAGUUAUGGGGGUUACAUCUCUAGGGAACACAUCAUCUCUCAGGGUGAGGGUGGAGAUUCUUAAAAGUGCCUUUGAAGCUUGUGAGUCACUUUUGGAGAAUACAAGGCAACUAUGGAAAAGAAGCAUGAUGAAUGUCAUGGCUUGGCUGCGUCCGGAAGUAAUGACUUCAGAGGGUAGGUAUGGAGUUAAUACAUCAGCAGAAAUGGAAAUUGAUUUGCACAUGGAGAUGAGAAAUGGCAAUCUCGAUACAAAGAAACGUGCAAGGCUUGAUGCUGCUGGGUUUUAUGAAGCCAUCAAGCCAUCCAAAGCGGAUCCAAUGCUUGAACAUGACAUACUCGACUUGCUUCCUGAUCUGAGACCAUAUCAACGCCGUGCAGCUUACUGGAUGAUCCAACGAGAGAAUGGAGAUUCAAGAAGUUUUUCAUUUUUCUCUCCUUUAUGUUUGCGUGUGGAUUUUAUAGGCACAUGUACAAAAAUGUUCUACAAUCCAUUCAGCGGAAACAUUUCUUUGCACCCAGAGCAAUCUCCACCAUAUGUCUUUGGUGGAAUUCUUGCUGAUGAGAUGGGUUUGGGAAAAACAGUUGAACUGCUUGCUUGCAUCUUUUCUCAUCAGAAGUCCGCAUCUGAAGAUGACAUAUUUAUUGACUCUCAAUCAGAAUUGCAGAAAUCUAAUAUUAAGAGAUUGAAAAGGGAGCGUGUUGAGUGUAUAUGUGGGGCUGUCAGUGAAAGUCGAAAGUAUGAAGGAUUAUGGGUACAGUGUGAUAUAUGUGACGCUUGGCAACAUGCAGAUUGUGUUGGGUAUUCACCCAAAAGAAAACUAAAGUCUGGUGAAGUUUCUGGUGUACAACGAUGUGAAAAGAAGUCAAUGAUCAAGUCAAAAGGGUACACAAGAAGGAAAAAGACAGCUAACAUUGCUGUGAGAGAUGGGGAACACAUUUGCCCAUUAUGCUUGGAACUGAUGCACGCGACUGAAUCUCCCCUUGCUACUGGUGCCACUCUUAUAGUCUGCCCGGCUCCAAUAUUACCCCAAUGGCAUGCCGAAAUUAUACGUCAUACACGUCCAGGUUCUUUAAGAACUUGUGUCUAUGAAGGUGUGAAAAUCACUUCUCUUUCAAAUACAUCUGGUGUGGAUAUCAGUAAGCUUGUCAGUGCUGAUAUCGUAUUAACCACAUAUGAUGUGCUCAAAGAAGAUCUGUCACAUGACUCUGAUAGGCAUGAAGGUGAUCGACGCUUCAUGAGAUUCCAGAAGAGGUAUCCUGUUAAUCCAACUCCGCUCACCAGAAUAUUCUGGUGGAGGAUUUGUUUGGAUGAGGCUCAAAUGGUGGAAACUAAUGCUGGUGCUGCCACAGAAAUGGCUCUUCGGUUAUAUGCUAAGCAUCGCUGGUGCAUAACAGGGACUCCAAUACAACGCAAACUGGACGACUUGUAUGGGCUUCUACGAUUUCUUAAAGCAAGUCCUUUUGAUGUUUCGAGGUGGUGGAGUGAAGUUGUACGAGAUCCGUAUGAGAGGAGAGAUGCAGGAGCUGUGGAAUUUACACAUAAGUUCUUUAAACAAAUCAUGUGGCGUUCAUCAAAAAAAGAUGUAGCAGAUGAGUUGCAGCUUCCCCCUCAGGAUGAGUGUGUUUCUUGGCUCAUUUUCUCACCAAUUGAAGAGCACUUUUACCAAAGGCAACAUGAAACUUGUAUGAGUUAUGCCCGUGAAGUAAUUGAUAGUUUGAAAGAUGUUUUUCUCAAGAGAAAAGUCCAAGGUUGUGUAUCUUCUGAUGCUUUUGCUGAUCCUUUUGUGACCCAUGCGGAGGCUGGAAAGCUACUGAACACACUCUUGAAGCUUCGCCAGGCCUGCUGCCAUCCUCAAGUAGGAAGCUCUGGCCUGCGUUCUUUGCAACAAUCCCCCAUGACUAUGGAGGAAAUUCUACAGGUGCUCAUUGGUAAGACCAGGAUAGAAGGGGAAGAAGCUCUGAGGAGAAUAGUUGUUGCUUUAAAUGGGCUUGCUGGGAUAGCUAUAAUUGAGAACAAAUUUUGUCAAGCAGUGUCAUUGUACAAGGAAGCAUUGGCUUUAGUUGAAGAGCACUCUGAAGAUUUUCGUCUAGACCCUCUAUUGAAUAUUCACAUUCAUCAUAAUCUUGCUGAGAUCUGCUCAGAACAACUCCACCUAGAGGGACAACAGUUCCCUGGAAGCUGUGAAAAGAAGGCCUUGAAAAUGCAUGGGAUUGAAGAGUGUAAUCAACAAGAAGUGAAGAGGCGAAAAGUGAGUGGGGAAGACGAUGUGGAUUUUACAUUUGAGGCUGAUCCAGCAUAUUGUACAUCGAGCAUAUCAGAAAAUAGCUCAAAUGGUGACCAAGAAUGUGAUAUUGAGCCCCAUUUAUCAUCCAGUUAUAUUACUGAAAGAUCUUUAAGACCAGUGUGUGAGGAUAUAAAGCAGAAGUAUUUAUCUGCGUUUAGUUCAAAGCUAUCCGUAGCUCAACUAGAGUUCAGAAAAUCUUACAUGCAGGUUAGUAAUGCAUUUAGAGACAGAAAAAAUCAACACAGAGUUUGGUGGUUGGAAGCCCUUCAUCAUGCUGAGCAGAACAGGGACUUCUCGAGCGAGUUGAUCAGAAAGAUUGAAGAAGCUAUCUCACGAGCUCCAAACAAUUCGAGGUCAUCAAGAAUUUCAUCCCGAUUUCGAAGCUUAAGUUCUCUAAAGUAUCAUAUCCAGACUGGUUUGGAUCAAUUGGAAGCCUCUAGGAUAGUGUUACUUGAUCAACUUCUGGGAAUUGAUCGUACAAUGGAGAAACCAAAAGAGGAGGAUAUUGAACGUGUGAGAUACUGUCGAAAUUGCAAGGUCAAUGGGGAUGGUCCUGCAUGUGUUGCCUGUGAACUAGAUGGAUUGUUUCAGGAUUAUGAAGCAAGGCUUUUUCGUCUUAAUAAAGAAGAUGGGGGGAUGAUUACAUCUGCUGAAGAGGCCUUACAUUUGCAGAAGAAAAAUUCUGCACGCAACCGGUACUUUUGGAAUGUACCACCGCCAGAUUUAUCAUCCAGCGUUAGAAAGAAGAGAGAUGUUGGAGAAAGAGUUGUGGUUUCAAAAUCUCCAUCCGAGUUGGAGAUUGUUCUUGGGGUUAUAAAGGGCUAUUGCAAAGCUCAGUUAGGAAGCGAGGGUAUGUCAGCAGCCAACAUGCAGCUUCAGAUUCUAGAGGGCAUGCGGAGGGAGUAUGGCCAUGCAAGAUCCUUGGCUACAGCCCAAGCUCAAGUUCUGUGUGCGCAUGAUGAACUUAAAAUGGCUACAACACGAUUACACAUAAGUGAAAAUGAGAAUGAAAAAGCUGUUGAUGCUUUGAGUCGAGAUGAAUUACCUUCAGCUAGUGUACAAUACUCUGACGACAAAUUCAGCUCCUUAACCUUGUUGUCACGUGUAAAAGGGAAGCUUCGUUAUUUGAAGGGUCUGGUACUAUCGAAACAAAAGUCCCCACUGGAAAGCCCUACUAAUUCCUCAUUAACUCAAGAGAUUGGUAGGCUGUCGACUUCUACAGAGCAUAAAAGUGGAUGUGUACCUAAAGCUGAUGAUGAAACAUGCCCAGUUUGUCAAGAAAAGUUGAGCAAUCAAAAGAUGGUUUUUCAGUGCGGGCAUGUUACUUGUUGUAAAUGUUUAUUUUCAAUGACAGAGCAGAGAGUACAUGAUAAUAAGUUUCGACCUAAAUGGGUAAUGUGCCCAACAUGCCGACAGCAUACAGAUUUUGGAAAUAUAGCUUAUGCUGAUGAUAGAAAAAAUGAAUUUUUCAAUUCACCUGUGUGGCAUACAUAUCAAGGUCGUGAGAAGUGUGAAGAAUCUAUGAUUGUUCAGGGUUCGUAUGGAACAAAGAUUGAAGCAGUCACAAGAAGGAUCUUGUGGAUCAAGCAUACAGAUCCAAAAGCAAAAAUUCUUGUUUUCUCGAGUUGGAAUGAUGUCCUUGAUGUUUUGGAGCAUGCCUUCACUGCUAAUGAGAUCACCUUUAUCCGGAUGAAAGGAGGCAGGAAAUCACAUACUGCCAUAAGCAAGUUUAGAGGACAGAAUAACAGUGCAGAGGGAACUUGGAAAAGUCGUACCCAGCAACCAGCAUCGGAUUUUUUUCAGGUGUUAUUGAUCCUAAUCCAACAUGGAGCCAACGGCCUCAAUCUUUUAGAAGCAGAGCAUGUUAUUCUAGUAGAGCCGCUACUUAACCCAGCAGCAGAAGCACAAGCUAUCAGCAGGGUACACCGAAUUGGGCAGAAAAAUAGGACACUUGUUCAUCGUUUCAUAGUUAAAGGCACUGUUGAAGAGAGCCUAUACCAAUUGAACAGAAGCAGGGAUACCAGUUCAUUCAUCAGUGGGAACACAAAAAAUCAAGAUCAACCUGUCUUGACGCUUAAAGAUGUUGAAUCUCUAUUUGCCACGGUGAAAUCAACAGUACCAGAAAAUAAUGAAAAAUUAACUGGAAGUCUCAGACAUUUGCCACCUUCCGUCGCUGCAGGUAUGGCAGCUGAGAGGAGAGUCAAGGGGCAUACAUCAUGUUCUUCAUGAAGAUCUAAUCAGUUUGUGGUAUAGCAAAAGCUACUUGAUAGAAGUUAAGAGGCAAGUUUUCUGGCUAAAUCAAGUCCAGUCAGAUGUUCCCAUCAUAAUCAUGGAAAUCCACAAGGUUAUCGCGGUGGGUUCUCUAAUCAAAGAAUUGCUUUGGAUAAUAAUUUGUUUCUAUAUUUCAAAUUAUUACCAUUUUUUGUAUAAAUUGGGACUCUUCCUUUUUGGGAAUUUUUUUGAGAUAUCUAUGAUGACAACUGCAGAACCUCCUCGUGUAAAGUAGAAAUUCAAUGUAAUAAAAUAAAUCCUUCU